CUAACGCAUGUGGCAGAGUGGUUGCACACGACGUUUUUUGUUUGUGGGGUGAACCCCCAAGGCUGCCCGGAUGGUUCUGAUUGCGUCUAUGGGUACUAUUUGGCGCCUUUUGGUCCUUCUCGACGCCUUAUGGUCCUUUUCGGUGCCCUUUUGUUCGUUUGUUGCGCUUGGGCGAUGGGUCAUUGUCUGGCGGACCUGGUGGCUUAUGUCAGAACUCUCUGCUCGCUCUGGUGCGGCUAUCAUCGGAUAACUAACCGAACCUGACGUUCGAGCAUAAGCAAAGCAGACAGCGUUUACAUGUAAAGAAGAUGUCCUCUCAUACCUCAGACACCCAUUUCUACGAGUCUUCAUAGUCAUGUCAUCCCCGUGCCUGUCGAGGCGAGCGUUCGGAGCCAUAAAAGGCGCGGUAGAACGACCUCAAUUGCUCGUCAAGUCACGAAGAUCUCGAGUCUCAUGCCAGCAUCUCCCACCGCGGAGCUUUCAUGCGUCGGUAUUGCGGGCGGUGGUGAAGCCAUAUUAUCUGGCUGAUAUCGGGGAGGGCAUUACAGAAUGCCAGAUCAUACAAUGGUUCGUGCAGCCGGGUGCCAAAGUCGCUCAGUUCGACAAGAUCUGCGAGGUGCAGUCGGACAAGGCGGCCGUGGAGAUCACUUCUCGCUUCGAUGGCGUGAUCAAAAAGCUGUACUACGAAGCAGAUGAUAUGGCAAAAGUCGGAAGCCCGCUAGUGGACAUAGAUAUCCAGGGCGAGAUCGACGAGGAGGGUGCGAAGUUGACCGAGGCCGUGGAUGAGGCGCCUCGAAUAAACGAAGCUCAAGCCUCGAACGAGCUAGGAAGUGAAUCGACUACAUCAGAAGCUUCAGCAGCCAGUCGCACCAAUGGUCAUGCGAAAGAAACGAGUUCCAGUGUGAAACCUACCGGCAAACACGCGACGCUGGCAACGCCCGCCGUUCGCCACCUAACUAAGCAGCUAAACAUCGAUAUUACAGAUGUGACAGGAACAGGCAAAGAUGGCCGCGUGCUCAAGGAGGACGUUCAAAGAUACGCUGCGGCGAGAGAUUCGCAAAGUUCACAGCCUGCGUUGCCAGCCUCGAUGCCGACGACUGCGCUUGGUGAAGACAAGAUAAUAAAGCUCUCGGGCAUCCAAAGGAAGAUGUAUGAGACCAUGACCCAGUCUCUCAAGAUCCCCCACCUCCUGUACUCGGACAGCGUAGACUUCACCGCGCUUACCCGGCUAAGGCGAUCUCUGAACGCUGACGCAAAAGCCGCGGGAGAGCCAAAACUUUCGGCGCUGCCCUUCAUCAUCAAAGCCGCUUCGCUGGCGUUGACGCAAUUCCCAUCGAUCAACGCACAUCUGGACACCACCGACGACGCGUCACAGCCGAAGUUCAUCCACAAAGCUUCGCACAACAUCGGCUUCGCAGUCGACACACCGCAGGGCCUCAUCGUCCCCGUGAUCAAGAACGUGCAGGCCCAUUCCAUCACCUCGCUCGCGGCAGAGAUUGCUCGGCUGGGGGAAGCUGCACGGAACAACAAGCUCUCAGCAGCCGAUCUCAAGGACGCCACCUUUACCGUCAGCAACAUAGGAUCCGUCGGUGGGACCACCGUCGCGCCUGUUAUCGUAAGUCCUCAGGUCGCCAUCGUGGGCAUCGGAAAGACUCGCACCGUCCCUGCAUUUGCAGAAGACGGAAGCCUCGUGAAGAAGGAAGAGACCGUAUUCAGCUGGAGUGCUGAUCACAGGGUCGUCGAUGGCGCCACCGUGGCUCGUUGUGCAGAGACUGUGAAGAGGUAUUUGGAGAAUGUCGAGAAAAUGCUGGUUCGGCUGAGGUGAACAGCAAGACGAGACCGAGCAAGGGGCUGGGUGAUAGAAUCUUCUCCGCGAUCCUUAGACGAUCUGAUACAGGCACAUAAUGCAUUUCGCACAUGCCGGUUCCUGUCGUCGUGAAAAGUUCGACGUCCUUUUUUGAAUCGAUUAUUCAUUUCGUUCAGUCAUUUUCCUUUUUCUGGCCUCUCAC